AUGGGAGAACAUGAUAAGCGGGACUGCCAGCAAGAGGAGGUCACUGGCACCACGUCGUCGCCCAAGCUGCCCGCGCCCCCGGAGCCAGAGAAUGACAAAGGCAUCUUUCCCUCCAUUAAAAGCCCGAACCUGGAAGGAUUGGACGGCAUCACCGCUGAAACGGUGGACAUAUUCACACUCGAGGCUGUUGCGGCCUUGAAGCUAUUGUGCCGCAGUGUGGACGACCUGGUUCAGAUAACCGGCGACAUCCCACCUACUCCUCCUGCGCGGAGCAGAGGUACCUCUCCAGCCAAGGGACUCUCGAGGCUGCGUGAGCUUACGCCGGGUGAGAUCACGACCCCAAAGAAAGAGACCUUUGGGCUACGGCCGCCUGGCUAUACUGCACACGACACCAUUGACGGCGUACAGUUUGGCAAGACUCCUAUCGGUUCGCCGGAAGCGCAGGCCCACGAACCAGUUUCGGCCUCGCAAAUCAUCGGUGCUCAUGCACAACCUAUCUACAUCCAACACGGUGCUCUCGCAAGGAAGUUCUACUCGAAACGCCCUCCUCCAAUAUCGACCGAGGACUACUUGAUGCGCAUGCACAAAUAUUGCCCCAUGUCGACCGCUGUGUAUCUGGCCUCCUCUCUGUACAUCACACGAUUGGCCAUCCAGGACAGAAUUCUCCCCGUGACACCAAGAAACGUGCAUAGAUUGCUCCUGGCAUGCCUGCGCGUUGCUAUGAAGGCCCUCGAAGACCUAUCCUGGCCGCAUGCCCGGUUCAGUAAGGUAGGUGGGGUAUCUGAGAGCGAACUUGGAAGGCUUGAGAUCACCUUUUGCUAUCUCAUGGACUUCAGUCUGAAGGUUGAUGCGGCCAUGCUCCAGCGCGAGGCUGAGGAUUUGUGCCGCCAUGACCGAUACCAAAACAUCGUCCUUGAGCGCCCGCUGAGCUUGCUGGAGCUACGAAUACCCGAUGAUAGCGAGAGGAAGUCCAGGUCAGCUGAAAAGCGAAAGGCCAGCAGCACUCUUCCUUCGAGACCAUUGGUUAAAGUCGGAAGUGCAAUCGAGGUUGUAGGUCAGUCCUGA